UCCAAAGUACGAAUCUUUAAAUCCAUCAAACCAAGGGUGUCAAAUGUCAAAUACUUAUGAUUUCAAGGAACUUCAUGAUAUAAAUACUAAAAGAUUGGAUGCUGACAAGAGCAGUGGAGACGAAGCAAGUUCUCUACUAUCUGCUAAGAGAACUUCAGGCAAUGUAAUUUGUACGUCAAUGACAAAAAGAUUAGCACUUGGACCAGAAAGUCGGCCUUCUUGUAUAUCUGAAGACUCUAGCAAAGCUCGGGCUCCAGGUUUUGAGGUGAAGCCUAGUCAUAAAUUGUCACUGUCAAAUGAUUACUCUUCUCAAACUAAAAGCAUUCAAGGGAAAUCAGGUCGAAAUCUGCCAAAAACCAAACUAUUUCAAACGGCAACUGGUAGUCUGAGUAAGUCAAGAUCAUUUAAUGAUUCAGGGAAGAGGCCAAAAGUACAGCGGUUGGAUGUAAUUCCAGAAAAUAGGAAAUUCUCCGUUAAAACUCAUUACAAGAAAAAAGGUAGUACUAUUCGAACAAUGAGGAAAACUCUGCCACUUAAUGAUGCGAGCUGUGGCAGUUCAAAAGCUGUUGGUCCAAAAAUUAAGAGGAUUCCAGCAAAAUUUUCUGACAAUGGCAGUUUGAAGAGAUUAAGGUGCAUGAAUGAACAUAUUUCAGUUAAAAUGACAUCUAACACCAGAUUUAAGAGGCUGCAAGUCGGCUCUACAAAAGAUGGUACUUUUGUUUCUGCAGCAUCACGUGAUAAGAAGUUUGAAUCUCAUGGUAAAUGUACACCUCCAGACGUUUGUGGAACCAAAUAUCUUAAUAUCAACCCUCUUCAGAUUUCAGAUGACUCAGUCAUUGCAGGCAAGGGAAAGACACUGUGCUUGCCUAUAGCUGAUAUGGUUGAGGAUGUACGAUUUGCCAGUGUGUCUGAUGCUUCUCAGGAGGCAAAGCAGAAAGGUGAAACAUCUCAUCGCUUGUUGGAGUCGACAAAUCCUUGUAGUUGGUCUGAUGCAAUUGGAGAAAAAAAACUGACAGUGCUACGGACAUCCUCCAGUGUUACUGAGAAAGCCCCCCAGACAUCUCCUUUCACCUCAGCAAAUAAAUGUUUAUCAAAUGGAAGUGGAAGUGAAGACUAUGGUAGAACUGGAAGUUUGGAUCAUGCUUCAUACUGUCACCUGUUAGACUGUUCUUCACUUUCCAUUCUUGAUACAACAAGGGUGAAGGAUAUGGAUGGAAGCAGCCAGAUAGUUGCUGGUCCAUCAUGUUGCAAUCAGAUUGAUGCUUAUAGGGCGUUCGCUGUUCCCUUGAUUGAUUACAUAUGGAAAGGUGAAUGCGAAAUUCAGAACUCUUCAAGGUUGCCCAGAAUCUUGUAUAGAAUUCAAGCACACUUGUCUACAAUGUCAUCAUCCAAAAUACCUGAAGCAGUAAAGAACUUUUCCAACAAAAUUCUUUUGGAGGAAGUAUCUCGCUUGACUGCAUGGCCUAUUCAGUUCCAGGAAUAUUAUCCCCAAGAUGAUAGUAUUGGCCUUUACAUUUUUGCAGAAGACAUUGAAAGCUAUAUAAACUACAAGAGCUUGGUGCAAUACAUGGUUGACUGUGAUAUAGCUCUAAAAGGAAAUUUCGACCGGAUUGAGCUUCUUAUAUUCUCAUCCCACCUUCUUCCUGAAAGUUCCCACUAUUGGAAUGGUUUGUUAUAUUUGUGGGGAGUCUUUAAAGAGAGGAAGGUGAAUUGCUCAACAUGACUUGCAUCUAUCACAGGACAAUGGCUUAAAAUGGACACCAGUUGGUAGAAGUUGUUUGUGUUUGCAGCAUCAAUGUUCUCCUCUGAAGUCUGGUGGAUAUUUAGCUUCAUACCAGGCUCCUAAUAGUGCUCAAUCUGACGGUCAAUCAAUGGAUCACCAGCACACCCGAUGACUAAAAUCUUCCAUCCCAGAGC